AUGUCAAAUUUGCAUGUUUGUGAUAAUGACAACCUCAAUGCUGAUGACAAGUAUGCAAAAGUACGUCCAUUGUUUGAUGCAUUGAACAAAACAUUUUUUGAUUACGCACCACAUGAGGAACACCACUCAGUUGAUGAGUCUAUGGUCCCAUAUUUUGGGAGGCAUGGUUUGAAACAAUUCAUCAGAAACAAACCUAUUCGCUAUGGUUACAAAAUUUGGGUUGGUGCUACACCCAAUGGCUAUGUAGUUUGGAAAGACCCCUACCAAGGGAGCAGCCACACCUUGGACCCUCAGUAUGAACACUUGGGCCUUGGUGCCAGUGUUGUUUUGCAGUACUGUGAUGUUCUGAAGAAGAAUGGUGAUUUCCCGUACUUCUUGUAUUUUGAUAAUUUUUUUUCUGGUCUACCUUUGUUUGAGAAACUGUCCCAAAAGAAUAUAAGAGCUAUUGGUACGGUAAAACGCUUUUCACUUAAAGCCAAGAAACAUGCUUUCAUCCCUCAACCAAACCUCAUACACCAGUACAACAAAAAAAUGGGCGGAGUGGACCGGUGCGAUCAAAAUAUGAGCCUGUACCGAAUCCAAAUCAGAGGUAAGAAGUGGUAUUUCCCUCUGAUCUGUGACUGCAUUGACAGUGCAGAACAAAAUGCCUGGCAACUUCACCGCCAUGCGGGAGGGAACCUUGACCACUUGUCUUUCAGACGCAGACUUGCCUGUAACCUGCUAGAAACAUUUGGUAAAGGGAAAAGCAAACGAGAUGUGGGCAUUGCCAUGCCAAGUGCACUACCAGAUGCCAAAAGUGUGUGA